AUGGCCUACAGCUGCUGCUCUGGAAACUUCUCCUCCCGCUCCCUUAGGAGCUGCCUGCCCUCCUCAGGAUCCUGCCGUAGCUCUUCCUACCCCAGCAACCUGGUCUACACCACUACCAGCUGCUCUCCCAGCACCUGCCAGCUGAGCUCCUCUCUGAACACUGGCUGCCAGGAGACCUGCAUUGAGCCCAUCCGCUGCCAGGAGACCUGCAUUGAGCCCAUCCGCUGCCAGGAGACCUGCAUUGAGCCCAUCCGCUGCCAGGAGACCUGCAUUGAGCCCAUCCGCUGCCAGGAGACCUGCAUUGAGCCCAUCCGCUGCCAGAGGUCCUGUGUGGUGCCCAGCCCUUGCCAGAAGCCCUGCUACUACCCCAGGAGCUCCACACCCUGCAGUCCCUGCCAGGGGACAUAUGCUGGCUCUCUGGGCUUUGGGUCCAGAAGCUGCAGUUCCCUGGGCUAUGGUUCUAGAAGCUGCUACCCAGUGGGAUGUGGAUCCAGUGGCUUUAGAUCUCUGAAUUAUGGAGUCUGUAGCUUUCCUACCAGAUAUUACAGAUCUGUUGUCCGUGCUCCACUUUCAUUCCCUUCUAGGGAUUUCUAUUCUUGUUACCAGCCAUUCUACACAUCUCGCUUCUGUUGA